UUCCCGGAACAACCGGCAGAGGCUCCCAGGAUGAGCGGGUGGCGGUGGCUGCUGCUGCGGCGGCGGCGCUGACAGGACACGAGCUCUAUGCGUUUCCGGCUGCUGGUCCCGCUCGGCCUCCUGUGUGCGCUGCUGCCCCUGCACCAUGGUGCGCCAGGCCCGGAUGGCACCGCGCCCGACCCCGCUCACUACAGGGAGCGAGUCAAGGCCAUGUUCUACCACGCCUACGACAGCUACCUGGAGAAUGCCUUUCCCUACGACGAGCUGCGACCUCUCACCUGUGACGGGCACGACACCUGGGGCAGUUUUUCUCUGACGCUAAUUGAUGCCCUGGACACUUUGCUGAGAGGGAAGUGCUGGUUGAGUGUUGAACCAUCCCUAUGUCCCCACUCCUGUCUGGGAUCAUUAUUUUGUGAUUAUUUAGCAUUUCAGACCCCCACUGGCAUGCCGUAUGGGACAGUGAACCUGCUUCAUGGUGUGAACCCAGGAGAAACCCCUGUCACCUGUACGGCAGGCAUCGGGACCUUCAUUGUGGAAUUUGCCACCCUGAGCAGCCUCACUGGUGACCCCGUGUUUGAAGAUGUGGCCAGAGUGGCCCUCGUGCGCCUCUGGGAGAGCCGGUCGGAUAUUGGGCUGGUUGGCAACCAUAUCGAUGUGCUCACUGGAAAGUGGGUGGCGCAGGACUCAGGCAUCGGGGCUGGCGUGGACUCCUACUUUGAGUACCUGGUGAAAGGAGCCAUUUUGCUUCAGGAUAAGAAACUCAUGGCCAUGUUCCUAGAAUAUAACAAAGCCAUUCGGAAUUACACCCGCUUCGAUGACUGGUACCUGUGGGUGCAGAUGUACAAGGGGACUGUGUCCAUGCCAGUCUUCCAGUCCCUAGAGGCCUAUUGGCCUGGUCUUCAGAGCCUCAUUGGGGACAUUGACAAUGCCAUGAGGACCUUCCUCAACUACUAUACUGUAUGGAAGCAGUUUGGGGGGCUCCCAGAAUUCUACAACAUUCCUCAGGGAUACACAGUGGAGAAGCGAGAGGGCUACCCUCUUCGGCCAGAACUCAUUGAGAGUGCAAUGUACCUCUACCGUGCCACGGGGGAUCCCACCCUCUUAGAACUCGGAAGAGAUGCUGUGGAAUCUAUCGAAAAAAUCAGCAAGGUGGAGUGUGGAUUUGCAACAAUCAAAGAUCUGCGAGACCACAAGCUGGACAACCGCAUGGAGUCUUUCUUCCUGGCUGAGACCGUGAAAUACCUCUACCUUCUGUUCGACCCGGCCAACUUCAUCCACAACAAUGGCUCCACCUUUGACGCGGUGAUAACCCCCUAUGGGGAAUGCAUCCUGGGGGCCGGGGGUUACAUCUUCAACACAGAAGCGCACCCCAUCGACCCCGCCGCCCUGCACUGUUGCCGGAGGCUGAAGGAAGAGCAGUGGGAAGUGGAAGACUUGAUGAGGGAAUUCUACUCCCUCAAACGGAACAGGUCGAGAUUUCAGAAAAAAACGAUGAGCUCGGGGCCGUGGCAACCGCCAACAGGACCAGGCACAUUCUCCUCACCCGAAAACCAAGACCAGGCGAGGGAGAAGAAGCCUGCCAAGCAGAAAAUCCCACUGCUCAGCUGCCCGAGUCAGCCCUUUACCUCCAAGUUGGCAUUACUGGGACAGGUUUUCCUGGACUCCUCAUAACCACUGGAUGAUUUUUUUUCUUUUGUGUUUGAAUUAUGAUAAUAAACCUGCUUUUGACAA